AUGGAAAACGACUACGACGUGGUAAUUGUUGGUGCUGGUAUCUCGGGUAUCAAUGCUGCAUACAGACUUCAGACUCAGUUUCCAAACCUCCGCUAUACAAUGCUAGAAGCCCGCCAGAAGCUAGGUGGUACUUGGGAUUUUUUCAAAUAUCCCGGUCUUCGAUCUGACUCGGAUCUUUUUACAUUCGGCUUUGAAUGGCAUCCAUGGAGUCAGAAAAACCCUAUUGCUCUAGCGCCAGAUCUCCUCGAGUACCUCGACGAGGCAGCCACACAACAUGGGAUUAAAGAAAAAAUUCAGUUCCAACACCGUUUACUCGGCGCUGACUGGUCCUCUGUCGAUAAUGCAUGGUCUCUAAGCGUGGAGCAAGACAAUAAUUUCGGAAUAACAGCUAUAUCGGCUCGCUUUCUGGUAUUCGGAACUGGAUACUAUGACUAUGAGAAACCUCUUCAAACCAAAAUUUCCGGCAUAGAAAACUUCCAGGGACAAGUCAUUCAUCCUCAGUUCUGGCCCGAAGACGUAGAUUACACCGAUAAAAAGAUUGUCGUCAUCGGCAGCGGCUCUACAGCUGUAACACUUCUCCCUUCUCUUGCCGAGAAGGCAGAUGUCACCAUGCUUCAGCGCAGUCCCACUUAUAUAAUAUCUGUUCCGAACAGAUCUGGCUCAUGGCUAACUGCCAUGCUACCCGAUACGAUUCAGCGAAAGUUUCUACGUCUCCGAUACCUCUAUGUAUCCAGGCUUUUAUAUGUGUUCUCCCAGGCCUUCCCUACUCUCAUGAAAUGGCUCAUCAAAAAACAAGUGACCAGCCAGCUCCCAGAUCAUAUACCCUUUGAUCCUCACUUUAACCCACGCUACAACCCAUGGGAUCAGCGAUUAUGUGCAGCUCCCGACGGUGACUUUUUCAAAAGUCUUCGCUCUGGCCGCGCAACAGUCAAAACAGAUACCAUUCACCAGGUUACUUCUUCGGGGAUCACACUGGACUCAGGCGAUAUACUUGAUGCUGAUAUCAUCAUUACGGCUACGGGAUUGGCUCUCUGCUUUGGUGGAGGGACUUCAAUAGCCGUUGACGGGGUCCCGAUCCUUGCUUCUGAAAAGUAUGCCUGGCGUGGAACGAUGCUUCAGGAUAUGCCGAAUGCUGCAUUCUUGGUCGGUUAUAUUAAUGCGUCAUGGACUCCUGGUGCGGAUGCCGCCUCGGUUCUUGUUUGUCGUCUUUUGAAGAAGAUAGAAGAAUGCGGUGCUAAAGCUGUUGUUCCACGCUUGAGUCCAAGCGAAGAAGAUUGUAUGCGGAGCAGUCGUAUGAUGGGGCUGUCAUCGACGUAUGUUGUUACGGCUGAUGGUGUGCUGCCUAAAGCUGGGGAUCGGGGACCAUGGAAGGCACGAGAUAAUUACUUUGAGGAUAUCAAAUUUGCGAAGAGUAGCAAUUUGGAGGGGUUAGAGCUGCUUUAUGGAACGAAAUAG